AAAUCUCUCCCAAACUUAACCCACCAGUAGAAAAGAAAAAGACAGACACAAAAAAAAUCCCAUUUUAUUUUGCUGGUAAUUAUGAAUGUUUUCAUCUGAAAUUAAGAUUCCGCCAUGGACAAGCUUUGAUCUUUCUCUUGACUAAGUUUUAUUUAAUUUCACUUGACUUCAUCUUUUUUUUUUUACUCUUUUGAAUCUUACGACCACUCUGGAUCUCUCCCCUCUUUGUAUCUUUUGCCUGUACUUUUAAAUUCAGAAGCUUGAAUCUGUCGUGCAGCAAGAUUCGAGUUUUCUCCUUACUUGUCGGAAUCUCUCCUUACAGAAUCUAAUGGAGGAGAGACAAGGAACCAGCAACAACAACAACAACAACGACAACAAAAUAAGCAGUUUUGGUCUGAAACAUGUAGCUCCUCCAACUCCUGAUGGUGGGGUCUACCAGAUGGGCCCACCACGGUCCGAAAAUCCUAACCCUUUUCCGGCAGGAAUACCCAACACCACCGCCGCAUCCGCAUCCGCAUCCGCAUCCGCAUCCGCAUCCGCAUCCGCAUCCGCAUCUGCCUCCGCCGUGGCUGCUACAGCUCCUGAGAACGCUGCUUCUCCUUUCAGCUUAACAAUGCCUGUGGGGAAUUCUUCUUCCGAGCUGAAGAUGAAGAAGAGAGGGAGACCGAGAAAGUAUAAUCCCGACGGCUCACUAGCCGUGACUCUUUCUCCGAUGCCGAUCUCCUCCUCUGUCCCGUUGACGACUGUGUUUGCUCCUCCGCAACGAGGAAGAGGGCGCGGAAGAGGAAGAGAACGCGGUCAAGCACGUGUAGAGCCGUCCAACAACAACAACAGGCUCACGAAUCCUCAGAUGUUCGAGUUCAACAACAGUUCUCCUAGUCCUGUUGUAGGAACUUCAGAAGUUGUCGGUGCAAGUUUUACGCCUCAUGUGCUCACAGUAAAUGUUGGCGAGGAUGUGACGAUGAAGAUAAUGACAUUCUCUCAACAAGGCUCUCGUGCUAUCUGCAUUCUUUCAGGAAACGGUGCCGUUUCCAGUGUUACACUUCGUCAAUCUUUGACAUCUGGUACUCUCACUUAUGAGGGUCAUUUUGAGAUUCUUUCUUUGACGGGUUCGUUUAUAACAAGCGAGACUGGAGGAAUCCGAAGCAGAGCUGGAGGGAUGAGUGUGUCUCUUUCAGGACCAGAUGGUCAUGUCUUUGGUGGUGGACUCUCCGGUCUCUUAUUAGCCUCUGGUCCUGUUCAGGUGAUGGUAGGGACUUUUGAAGCAGGUAAAGAGGAACCUCAGCAUCAGCAGAUGCAGAAUCAGAGAAGGGAGAGACUCGGGAUCCCCAUGACAACACAAGAUUCUAACAUCUCAUUCGGUGGUGGCUCAGCGGAAGAUCCAAAGGCUAGAUAUGGGCACAACAAGCCUGUUGUUAUUCAGGCACCACCCGUGUCCGCACCACCUAUGUCCCUUCCCCAUGAGCCAAACACUAACGCGGCCCAAGGUUACUACACAAACAACACUGCUAACCAAAUCAGAGAUCUCUUCACUUCUCUCCCAGGAGAGGAUGAUGAGGAUUUUGAAGGUGAAGAUGAUGAUGAAGAAUUUGGAAGCGACAGCGAAUCUGACACCGAGGUUCCAAACUGAUGAUUGAGUGAGUUAAUCUGACAUUGAUCGUUCUUGAUCUUGACCUCUCACUUAUUAGAGGAUGUAAUCUUUAGGUUGUAGAAUUUCAAAACUUAAGUGUUUGUGCAAACUCUCUCAUUCUUCAUUUCAAAGUCCAGCGACU